CGCAUUGUACGACGAAGAGCAGACAAAUAUAGUAGAGCACCCGAUAUAUGUACGUUUCAUUUAUUCCGUUGCCAGCACUGCUACAGAAGACGCGGAGAUUACAGACUCAUUGUUUCUGCCUGCUACGCUCGACGAGUGCCGAAGGAAAAGUUACUACUCUAGAUUUGUCUUUGAGAGUGGCCCUGCAACAUGCCCUCGGUGCCCUACGCCAUCCGGCAGCUGACGGCUAGAGACAGCCCACAGCUGGUGGACUUCCUGCGUCGGUUCUUCCUGAGGGACGAGCCGCUCAACGCAGCUAUGGGUAUCAUGGCCAACGGGCGACAGUCCUGGCCAGAGCAAGAGCGCUUCCUUCUCGAGCCUCUGUCCCAAGAUGUUUCUUUGCAAGCAGUCGAUACCAUGAGUGGCAAGAUUAUGGGAGUCUUCAUAAACCACGUGCACCAACCUGGACAUGAAGGGGAGGCUGUCAGAGAGGUUGAGACUUGUCCAGAUCCAGCCUUCCGUGAGAUCCUGCGGUUCACCACCUCUGUUGAUCUCCAGGUGUCUGAGAAAUUGCGUGCCCUGUUCCCUGAUGUACACCUUCACCGGUUGGAGAUUGUAGCAGGGUCUGUCGACCCAGCUGCCAGGAAUUGUGGAAUUGGCAUUGCCCUCGUCGAGCACACCAAGCAACUGGCGAAGGAUCAAGGUAUACCACUGGUGAGAGUUGACUGCUCCAGUGUGUUCUCUGCAAAGGGCAUUGAACGUUGUCGAUUCCAAAAGAUCUUUUCCAUCAGAUAUGACUCUUAUAAAUGUGAUGGGAAAAUACUUUUCCCUCCUACAAAAGAGUCUGGUGAUGAGUACAUUACCUAUGUCAAAAGGAUAACUCCUAGGCCACAUGUUAUCCCAUUACAUGCAGCUGUCAACAUGCAGUGCCAUAUUUGAAUGAUACACAGACGUUUAACUUAUCUCUUUAGAGGCCACUUACUGAGCUGACUUUCUUUUUGUUAUUGGGAUUUACUUGGCUCCAAUGAAAAAUUAAAAAAAAAUCACAUUUACUAAUUCAAUUGUCAUCAGAUCUCUAGAUUGCCAAGGCAGGUCAGGCAGUAACUCAUGUAUGAUGAUUUUUGUAAAGUAAAUUUGUUUGAGUAAUAGGUUUUACGUAGAUAGAUAAUCUAUUGAAUAGUUGUAUCCCAAGUGAUAACAUUAGGACAGUGUAUAAGUUCAUAGCAUUUUUCCAUAAGUUUACUAAACACAACAGAUGCUUGUAACAGAGACUUGUCAUCAAUAAUAUAUCCUCCUACACUAUUUACAACAUUCUGCCAAUGCUAGGGUACAUUUUUGCUUCCACAACUUCAAAUCAUAUGGUAUUGAGGCAAAGAACACAUCAAAUCAUGUUUGGAGCACAUUUACAUCUGGAAAGGAAAUUGCUUGAAGGUUGUUUGAUAGAGAGCAAGAAGGGUGAGGGCGCAAGAGUGGGUGAAUAAGAUGGCUGCAAAAUGACUUACCGACCCAACUCUUGUAUAGCAUUUGCUGCCAGUCUAGCAGAAUGCAAGCAGGCAUCAUAGUGGAGUAACAUCACUUCACACAGUCUUCAUGGUUGUCAUUCUUGGACUAUAUCUGCAAGACAUUGAAGUUGUUGACAAUAAACAUUAAUAAUAAAGGUUACACCUCGGGGAAGCAAUUCAUAGUACACCACACCAUUGCUGUUCCACUUUAUCUUUUGUAGACGUGCACAGGUCUUUGUACAGGGAGUUCUUGCUUCAUUGGGGAUCCACCUUUCCCUUCCUUUCUUUUCCUUAUGUUAGCAUAAAGACACAUUUCUCAUCACAGAAAUGAUACAUGAUAGGAAUAGUCAGUGUUGUUCAUGAGCCAAUUGUGAUGAAGAGGCAGAGAUGCACAUAUGGCCAGCUGCUGGUUUUUGUGACUUUGGAUUAGAGCAUGUGGUACCUCUACAGGAGAUUUUUGAAACUUUCCCACCGCAUGCAAGUGUCGCACAAUGAUGGAAUGAUCAGUUAUUCACAUUUGCCAUUUCUUGAGUACACUGAUGUGGGUCAUUGUGGAUUAAUGCAUUUAAAUGAUCUUCAGCAAACCCUAAAGGUCUUCCUGAAUGCGCAGAGUCUACAUCUACAUCUACAUCCAUACUCCGCAAGCCACCUGACGGUGUGUGGCGGAGGGUACCUUUAGUACCUCUAUCGGUUCUCCCAUAUAUUCCA